AUGGAAGAUGUAAUAAAAAAUGAACGGCUCGAAACAUAUUUUCUGGGUAUGUGGGUGCGUUCAUUAGAGAGUGAACUCAGGAAUGCAGAUCCAAGGUCACGUCGUUUUGAGCGUAUCAGAAAGAGUCUCGCAUCAUCACAAGAAGUUAUGCUUUUCUGCUGGCGUCAAAUUGACCACUUCAUCAACAUGCGGAAUUAUGUCAUUGUGCAAGCUGUGCUCCGUAAUCAUCCAUUACCAGUUUUAGACCAUGCCCCGAUCAGGAUGACAGAACUUGCAUAUGCUGUGACUAUAGCGCCUGAAAGUGAAACCAGCAGGGAGGAAUUUGUUAAGAAAAAACGAAUCACCGGCGAGGAAAUGUUUCUGCCACCUCCUGAAAUAGCAAUUGGAAUUGAUAUUGGCACAGGGCCACGUUGUGUUGCUGUGUGGAAUGAUUCCAAAGUGGAACUUUUUAGCAAUACAGAAAAUGAGAACAUUAUGAAAUCAGCUGAAAUUAUCAAAGAUGAUGGCUCUUCUAUUGGAGUUAUUAGUGCUAGUGAAGUGACACUCUCCCAAAACCAGGAGCAUGACAUGUUGUAUGAAGCAACAAUUUACAACAUGAGACGUUUGAUUGGCAGAAUUGAUGUUGACCCGAUAGUUCAAGAAAAUAAAAAAUUUCCAUUUUUGCUGCAUACUUUGUACAUUGGCGGUUGCCCUUUUAUUGCUGCACCAAAGAACAUAGCUUUGAAGUUUACCGCUGCUGAACAAGUCCUUGUAGUAUAUCUGGGUCAAUUAAGAGUACUGGCUGAAACUCAACUGGAACGACCUGUAAGCAAGGUAGUGUUGAUGGUUCCAGUUUCAUUCAGUCGAAUCCAGCUAGCCCGGACACAAUACGUUUGUGCAAAGGCCGGUCUUUAUGAUCUCAAGCUGAUGCCUCAACCAACAGCAGUGGCUUUGUUGUAUGCACAGCAACAAAUGCUGGCUUCUUUUUCUUGUGAGGAUAUGGACAGCGAAAGCAAUAAAGUAGCUCUCAUUUUCAAUAUGGAUUUCGGUUAUUGUGAUGUUGCUGUGACUGUUGCUACAGCAGAAGGAGAAUGCAGAAUGAAAGCUUUGGCAGGAAGUUCUAUUGGUGGAGAAGACUUGCUUGUGAAUAUGAUACGUUAUCUCUUACCAGAUUCUGAAAAUAUAUUCAAGAAGCAUAUUGAUGGGGACGAGGAAAAUAAAUCAAUGAGUUUGCUUCGAGUGGCAAUUCUAGAAGCGAUUCAACGACUUUCCUCUCAGACAAGUGUUGAGUUUGAUUUAGACUUGGGAGAUGGUUUGAAAAUAUGUAAGGUUGUAAAGAGGGAGGAGUUUGAGGAUGUAAAUAAAGAGGUGUUUGAAAAGUGUGAAAGGCUGAUCAUCCAAAGCUUGCAAGAUGCAGAUAUAAAAGUUGAUGAUAUAAAUGAUGUGAUAAUUGUUGGUGGAUGUUGGAAUAUACCGAAGGUGAAGGAUCUUGUUACUAAAAUAUGCAAAGGAAAGGAACUUUAUAAAGGAAUGAACCCUUUGGAAGCUGCACUUUGUGGUGCAGCUGUGGCAGGAGCUGUUGCUGCAGGAAUUGUUGAUCCCAAGUUAGGCUUGAUGACUUCUCAUGUCACACCUUUUUCUGUUGGAAUUCAGGCUAAUGGGAUCCACUUUGUCCCUGUAAUUCCGAGGAACACAUCGAUGCCAACAACGAGGGUUAUGGAUUUCACAACUAUUCAUGAUAAUCAAACUGAGGCAUUGAUCCUUGUCUACGAAGGUGAGGGACAGAAGGCUGAAGAAAACCACCUUUUGGGAUAUUUGAAAAUAAUGGGAAUACCUGCAGCACCAAGAGGAGUUCCAGAAAUUAAUGUGCGUAUGAACAUAGACUGUGAAAACGGGCUGAGAGUUGGAGCUGCUGUUUAUAUGCCUGGAUCAGACCAACCUGCAAUUCCUGCUAUGGAAGCGAGGAUGCCUAUGUCAAUGACCGAUGAUGGGUAUGCCGAGGCACUAAAUAGAACCUAUGGUGACACAAAGGAUUUGGUUACUCUCGUCAAGAUGGAAUAG